AUGGAGCUGCUCAUGGCAGCUGGCCUAGGGGCCAAGGAGCUCUUCAGCUACAACCGCGAGAACUUCAAGUUCGACCAAGAUCAGAGGAUUGAGCGAGAGGCUCUCCGCUUGGAGAUGCAGGUAAAGCGCUUCGAGCUCUUCCGAGAGGACGUGAGGGACUUAGUGGAGCUCACGGUCGACCGGAUGGACGUCUACCACCUCGUUGGUGCCCUCUUUUUGGAGUUCUGCAUCGUUCUCUUCUGCGAGGGUCGAGUGCAGGCAUCGGCUCCUCCUUUCUUGCUCUCGCUCUUCCUCCUCUCCAACGCCUGCGCCUUCAUCUACCUGCUCCUGGCGGUCUGGCUUUCCAUGCAUGCCUCGAUCGCAUCGCACAGCUUCGGGGUCCGCCUGCUCACGCGCUUCGUGCGCCUGCCGAUCCCUUCCAUGAAGCAGAUCGCCGGUCUGAGGAGCAACUUGAAGGACUACGAGCGACAAGGCGUCGCCAAUCUGCUCCGCCUGCCCUUCCAGGACCAGCAGGAGUGGCAGCAGGUGCACGGCGCAGACCCUCCUGAGCGGCCGAAGGAGGAAUCGUGGAAAGACACCCCCACGCCCUUGGCGCCGCCCGCAACGCGGGAGAGGCGUGAGGUGCCGGAGCUCUCCAGCGGGGGUGGCCAGACGAGCUCGAACUUCGCCGCUCCAGCAGCGACCACCCUGGGAAAGCCUGCAGAUGCACAGGCUUCUGGGAUGUCCUCGUCCUCGAGCCUCACCUCAGGCCAGAAUCUCUUGCCGGAGAGGGAAGAGACGGUCGUUGGCGGUGAGGAUUUGCUGUCCUGUUCGAGGGGAGCACAGCCCGAGCGUCACGUGCAGCUGUUUCGACAGCUGCAGUCCAAGUGGCAGUGUUAUGAUGCGUACUGCAGGGUCUGCAUGGGUUUGGGUGUGAACCAAAUCCUGCAAGGCUUGAGCUAUUACUGCAUCUGUCACACCUUGGUAGAGAACCAUUCUCCCACGACGGGUUAUGCCCUGGUAACCCUUUUUCAGAGCACGACCAUUGCCUUGGCCGUCCUCGACCUGGCGGGGCUGAGGAGGCGCGAGAUCCUGGCAGUGCAGGUGGUGGGCAUCAUGCCCUGCCUCCUGACAGCCUGGGGCGUUGCGCACGGCCACCGUAUCGAGGGUGGUGUGCUGGACCCUGCGCAGACGUACAUGCUUUCGCCACUGAGCUUCCUUUGCCAGGUGCUUUGGUUGGAGCUGUGGCUGCGUGUUGCAGCUCCUCACGGCGAUGAUCAAGCAAAGUUGCCACGGCGAUUUCGCCAGGUGCUCUUCCUAGACGUCUUUGGAGACUCCUCCGGCUGGGACCCGCACGAUCGCGACAACAACUGCGAGGACGAUAUGAUCGAGGGCGAGAUGUUUAAGCAGCUGGGCGUCAAGGAAGAGAAGGACGCGGACGAAGAGGCUGAAGAGGCUUUGCUCGCGGCAGCCCAGAGGGCUGCUUCACAGCUGACCAUGGCCCAGUGUGCUGGCAGACGGUGGAACGCAGCACCUUCCUGGGCAUUGUCGAAGCAGCAGUCGAAGGAGCUGGAUGAUGUGCGGGACCAGCUCAAGAACUGGGGCAGCACCAUCUACACAGAGCUAGAGCGGUGCUGUCGCUUGAGAGGGAUUCCUGAAGCGCUCCGCAACCUGGAACGGGAUCUUCGCCCUUGGUCCGAUCUUUCAUCGGAAGAGCAAACUGCAGACCCUUUUGCCGGCUGUCUGGUGGGCCCUUUCGAGCACGAUGACGGCUAUAAGACGUCCUGCUAUCACUUUGAGAUCGAAUCCCAACGGACGCUUUUCGAAGAUGCUGCCCGGCAGUGUCCUGGCGCACUUGUCCUGUCACUCCAAGCCGUCAGAGCCAUCAUGAAGGAUCUGGAGGAUGCAGCUCGCAGCUUGUUGGAGCUGCGGAUCAUGUCCGACCUGAGAAUCACGAUGCAGCGUCGCCGGCUGCAAAGUGAACUGAAGGCCAAAAAAUCCAAGCGCCACAGCCGCAUGGCGAUGCAAGCGGCGGCUGCAGCGUCCUCUGGUGGCGAAGCGACACGGGGACAGUUUCCGAACCUGGUCGCCUUGUUCAAGACGAGGCUCUACCAGCGCCGGGAGGAGCGAGAGGCUCGGCUCGAGCUGCUCCGCUCGGAAGAGCCGGCUUCCGGCGAGCUGCACCGCGAGUCCCGCGAGUCCUCGCCGGAAGGCGACGGGUUUGCACCCAGCCAAUCGCGAGGCUUCGCAGACCGCGGCGAAAGCGGCCGAAGCGACCACCGCAUCCGCGAUGCGGGAACAACGGACUCGAGCCUCGACCCGACUCUGGUGGCCAUGGCGGGGGCCAACGCCCAGCAUUUCGUGCCCGAGAAGCUUCCCUGGCAGGUGCUUCGGAACAUCACGCGCGUGCUGCAGGUCUGCUGGUUCUGGUCGGGUCUCAUGGCUUUUCUCAAGGAGGUCCACGUCUACCAGGUGGACUUCCAGCAGCACCCGGCCCACGAGCGCAGGUUAGAGGCCAAAGUGUGGCUCUUCGAUCAGAUGGCCAUUGAUUGGCCUCAUGGGAGCUUCUUCCGACCACAGGGACUUCUCUGCCCUUCCGGGCAAUCCUUUCACGUCGCGAGCCCUUUCGCCGUGUAUGCCGCAGCGGAAAGAGCCGCGGCAGAAGGUUCGGAGGGUGACGGGUCGUCGGUGCGCCUGGACGAGGUCUGGCGUGGCCGACUGCCUGCCGUCGGUUCUGCCUGUGUGCGCUCCUUCGCCCAAUGCCUCCUCUUCGCACCAGCAGAGGGCCGCAUCGAGGUUUGGCGUCCAGGCCAUCCCAGAAUUGCCUUGGCGUUGGAAGAAGCGCCGUGGUUGCGAGUGGCCGGCGGCAUCACGACCUGCAAGCAGGUGGCGACGCUGUUGCCGCAGGAGGCCUCGGCGGACUUUUGUUUGCUCCUCGCAGGAUGGGACGGCCGCUUGAUCCCUGUGGCGGCUGUUCCGCUCGCCGGGCAUCCCGAGGAGGAGGGCGGCCUCCAUCUCGAGCCCACGAAGCUACAGCCAGGCUUGGAUGCUCCGCUGCAAGACCCCUCCAAGGAUGCGGUGGCCGCUUUGCACCUGGAGCCGGGGAGUGGGGUGCUCUGGGCGCUGCUGGUCAGCGGAGAUGUGGAGGCCUGGGAUUUGCUGGCUUCCCGAAGCCUCGGCCGCUGGAGGGCGCGCUUCUCCGAUGGUUCUGGUUUCCAGCCGAUUGCCAUGUGCCAGGACUCCACCUUCGGAUUCCUCGUGCUUGGUCACAAUGUCACUGGAGGGGGCGCCAUCAUCUCAAGAGCGCAGCGUCCAGCAGAUGCAGAGUCCGCGCCGAGUGGGGCCUUGUUGUACCCUAGUCACUAG